AUGGAGCCAAAGUAUCAUGGAUUUAGCAAGAAUUCAGGACCCGCUAAACGUUUUCAAUCUAAACCCGCUUUUGGUUUCAACGAUCCUUCUUCUUCUUCUUCUCCCAUCACAACUCCAAUUCCACCUUCAACACCCAGCUCCAUUGAAUCUCCUGGUUGGAGUGAUGGUCAGAAUUUGUUAUAUAAAGAUUUGGGUGCCCAACCUCCUGAAAGGACCACUUCUGUUGCAAAAUUUAUUGCUUCGCGUGAUUCAAAGUCUGCUAUUACAGCCCGAGUCUAUAGAUCUCCACUCCUAGAAAGCUCCCGAUCUCCUCCUAUAUCAUACGCGGAUAUUGAUGAUUUGGAGAAUCCGAAUCAAACUGUUAUAAAAAAUAACCGCCCAAAUCUGCAUAUGGAGGGGCAAGGCCACUUACUUCCUCUAAAAUCACAAUCACCUCCUUUGGUACCCUUGAAUCAUCAUUCUGUUCAGCAGCCUGCUUUAACUCGCAGUACAUUGGAUGGACAGGCCAGUCUAUCUGUCAAUUAUCCUAACUUUUCGGUCCGUCCAGUCCAGUCUUCUGUCACUCCAUAUUUUGAUUCUCAGAAUCCUCAGCCUAGUUUUACAAAAGAACUUAAUAAUCAAGGUUCAAAGAGAACUAGGUCCCCUCCUUCAUCAUCUACAAACAUACACGAGGAUCUUAACGAUGCUCGGAAGGACUUUAGAAGACCUUCUAUAUCUACUAGAUUGGGAAGCACAUCAAAUGUUCUAAAGACCAGCCCUCAUUCUCAACUUCACCAAAUAUCUUCGCCAUUUAGUGUUGCCGAAGCUGCUGGAAGCAGGCCCAUCAUCUCCACUGCUCCUAAAAGAACAAGGUCACCUCCUCCAUCAUUUUCAGCCACUGAAACCCUUGAAGGAAACUUCGAUGAGAACUCUGAACGUGAAAUGUUAGCCAAGGCAAAGCGUUCAGCUCGCUUCAAGGUAGAGUUAAGCAAAUCCGAACAUCAUAAUGAUGACGUUGUAGGCCAUACAACUUCAGUGUUGGAGAAGGAGAAGAAAGAUAUGGGAGAACAUAUGAUGGAUUCAGCAAGCAACAUUACCAAUGGCCAUGGUGUUUCUGAAAAUGAAGGGCAGGAAACAUCCAAUGUUAUUAUUGGUUUAUGUCCAGAUAUGUGUCCUGAGUCAGAGAGGGGAGAGCGUGAAAGGAAAGGGGAUCUUGAUCAAUAUGAACGCGUGGGCGGGGACAGAAAUGUAACGAGCAGACUUCUUGCAGUUAAGAAGUAUACUAGGACAGCAGAGAGGGAAGCCAGCUUGAUCCGGCCUAUGCCCAUCUUGAAGAAGACAAUUGGUUAUCUGCUAACUUUACUAGAUCAACCUUAUGAUGAAAGGUUUCUUGGCAUAUACAACUUCUUGUGGGACAGGAUGAGAGCUAUUCGGAUGGACCUGAGAAUGCAACACAUUUUCAAUCAAGGAGCUAUUACUAUGUUGGAACAGAUGAUAAAAUUACACAUCAUUGCAAUGCAUGAGUUAUGUGAAUACACUAAAGGAGAGGGAUUUUCCGAGGGCUUUGAUGCUCACCUCAAUAUUGAACAGAUGAACAAAGCUUCAGUUGAAUUGUUCCAAUUGUAUGAUGAUCACAGGAAGAAAGGAGUGUAUAUUCCCACAGAAAAAGAGUUUCGUGGCUAUUAUGCGCUUCUUAAACUGGAUAAGCACCCUGGUUAUAAAGUUGAACCUGCAGAGCUCUCCCUUGAUCUUGCUAAGAUGACUCCAAAGAUAAGGCAGACACCAGAAGUUCUAUUUGCCCGCAAUGUAGCUAGAGCUUGCAGAACGGGUAAUUUUAUUGCCUUCUUUCGGCUUGCAAGAAAAGCAACUUAUCUUCAAGCAUGUCUAAUGCAUGCUCACUUUGCAAAGUUGCGUACCCAAGCACUUGCUUCUCUACAUUCUGGUGUACAGAAUAACCAAGGUCUUCCUGUUGCUCAUGUUGCUAAUUGGCUUGCUAUGGAGGAUGAGGACAUAGAGGGUCUUUUGGAAUAUCAUGGGUUCUUGAUAAAAUCAUUUGGAGAACCAUACAUGGUGAAGGAAGGCCUGUUUCUUAAUGCUGAUACGGAAUACCCCACAAAGUGCUCCAAACUUGUGCACAAGAAAAGGUCUGGAAGGAUUGUUGAGGAUGUUUCACCCUCAAUUCAUGCUGAAUUACUACCUGGCGAGAUUAUGAAAGAGAUUCCGAUGACGAAAACGUACAAGCAUGAGCCCCAAACAGUUUCAGCUGCUAAAAACAAUAGUUCUGUCCAGAAGCUCGAUGAGGAAAUUCCAGAAUCUAAAGCCAUUUACUCGCCAAAGGAUAGUAAAUCAGGAAAGGCAUUUAAGGAAAUGCGAAGUGUUCAGAGCAGUGUGAAAGAUUAUGAUAUGGCUAGGACUCAUCCAUCACCAUUGAGCUUCCCCUUUAAUAAUAUUAUGCCUGAACCACAACAAACAAGAAUCGACAGUUUGAAGAUUGCCAAUUCUUAUAUGGUUGCUGAAGGCUCACCAAGGAAAAACUCACCCUCUAAUGUGGAUAUCAGGCCAUUGGAGAUUAUACCAAAAACUGUUCCACCAGAAGAAGGUUCAUUGGCUAAUAAUUUUUUUGUGCCACUUCCUGCGGUCCAGAGUGUAUCCAAGGAUGAGUCUCUGAUUAUUCACCAAGCGCAUGAAGAUGAAAUUCAUGAAGUUAGUGAAAGUUGUCAUGAUGAAGAAGUUUCUGAGGCCAGGCUGAAGUUGUUUUUAAGGUUAUGGAGGAGACGAGUGUCAAAAUUAAGAAUGUUACGAGAAGAGAGGCAAUUAGCAUCAAAUGCUGCACUGAAUUCAUUACCAUUGGGCCCCCCAAUUCGACAUUGUAUAGAAAAACCUGGUAACUUUGAGAAGUUUGACAUUGAUGUAACGAUGAGGGAGAGAUAUGAAACACAGGAAAACUCACAGUCAAGACUUAAUGUUUCUGACGUAGUUGGAGAUACAAUAGCCAGUAGAAAUCCAGAUGCUAAAUGCUUGUGCUGGAAAAUUGUUCUAUGCUCUCAGAAGAGCAGUGCAUAUGAAAUGGGAAAAGCAGGUUUGUGGUUAACCUCAAAGGUCAUGCCUUCCAGCGAUGAUGAUGUGGUGAUUUCAUCUCCUGGCUUGGUAAUAUGGAGGAAAUGGAUUCCAAGUCAAUCUGACAUUGAACCUACAUGCUGCUUCUCUGUCAUUAGAGAUACAGCAGUUGGUAAUCAAGAUGAGGUAGUAUCAGGGGCAAAUGGAAUUUUGUUUCUAGUAUCUGAGAGCAUCUCAUGGAAACAACAGAGAGUUAAUCUCCAUAAUCUUUUGAUGUCGAUUUCCUCUUGUGCUUGUUUGCCUCUUCUCAUCCUAUGCAGUAGUGGCUCAUACGACGAAAGGUCCUCUUCUGUCAUAAUCAAUGAGCUGGGCCUUCAAGACAUUGAUAACUUAGGGGUCAGUAGCUUUCUUGUUGUUUUCCUCAGGGAAAACCAGCAGAUGAAACACUUGGAUGGAUUUUUCAGUGAUACCCGUUUAAGAGAAGGUCUGCAAUGGCUGGCAGGGGUGCAGGACAUCAUUAGUAACUCCAAGUUGGGCCCUAAUGACUGCAUCUCAUUGUUCAAUAAAGCCUUGGAUUAUUCGAUGCAGGAGAUUAUUGCUGCUGCCAAUUCAAAUCCCCCCGGUUGGCCAUGUCCAGAGAUUGGUUUACUUGACAAGUCUUUUGAUGAUCAUAGAGUAGUAAAAAGUUAUUUGCCAACUUUGGGGUGGAGUUCAAAUGAGAAAACUCAACCAAUCAUCUAUGCUUUGCAAAACUGUAAGCUCCCUACUUUUACCGAUGAUUUAUCCUGGUUGGCCAGAGGUUCGAAAAUUGGGCAGGAGAUCGAGAAUCAGAGAAUACAGCUUGAGAAUUGCUUGAUCCAGUACCUGAUUCAUACUAGUAAUAUGAUGGGGAUUCCGUUGGCAGCAAAAGAGGCACGUGUCAUAACUCAAACAUGUGCUAAACUUGAGCUGUGCGGUUCAAACUACCAUGUAGUUCCGCAUUGGAGUUUGAUUUUUCGUCGAAUUUUUAACUGGCGAUUGACGGGCUUAUCUAGUAGGGAAAUUUCCACGGCUUACAUCUCAGAACACCAUCUUAAUGUUGCUCUUCAAAAUGUGGGCUUUGCAGCAUGUUUAUCCUCUUACUAUCCAGAUUCUACAUCUUUAGAUGAAAUGAUCAGUGUUAUCUGCAACUCUCCUCUAUCGGCUAAUGACAGGAGGCAUAGGCCCGAAGCAAUUCAACGUCUUCCACAUAUGAAUUUUGAUGACGAGACUUCUAACUUGAGGGAUGCUGAAAGAAAUCUUCGACCUGAGGAGUUACCUAACAUUAAUACAGGUCGCACAUAUGGUAUAAACAAUGCUAAAAGUGAAACGUUAUCGAGUAAGAAACCAACCAAAGAAGCUGACAAGUUGAGCAAGCUAUUGGAGCAAUGUAACUUGCUGCAGGAUGGCAUUGAUAAGAAGCUAUCUGUAUACUUCUGA